UCGGGCGAUACUCCGCAACCGACGAUACCGCUAUAACUAGUGCAUCCGGAUUACUUCCUCUUCAGGAGAAAAUAUAUCAAUUUAAUACAGCCUCGUCUGCUCGUCUGCUCUUCGUUUAGAUGAGUUGUCGAAAAGUCCAACUUAUUACUUACCCUUCAAGACCAAGUAAAAAUUAGAGACUAGAAGGAAAUAAAAUUCUAAGCAAUGGCGUUACCUUUUCCGAUACCCUCAUCUCUUUCCAAGGGAUUCUCCAUGUCCUAUUGUACAGCUGCCGAUGUGGAUAUCAUUGCAGAUAUAUACUACGAUGCGUUUGCGACAGACAAGCGCAACGCCUUCUGGUGGCCGCCAAACAAGGAGGAUAUGUUUACUUGGAUGAAGCGCCGCAUCCGCCGCAAGAUGGAUGACCGAAGCGUCCGACACUUCAAAAUUACGGAUGACCAGAGCGGUGACGUAGUUGCAUUCGCUAGAUGGGACAUUCCCGAAGGCUACGAGAAAGCCUUUGGGGAAUGGGUCGGAAAUAAGGAGACCGCCGUGGAUGUCUCCCAGAUCGUUGCACCGGGAGAGGUUACGGGAGAGAACCCGCCAGCGAAUAGUGCACCUGUCGAAGCUAUUAACCCCCCUGUUGCGGAUUACCCAAAAGGCAGCCGGCCAGAGCUAUGCCAGGUCUUCUUCGAUGCGUUGAAAGUCGCCUCGGAUAAGCACAAUGCAGAUGAGAUGUUGGGUCUAUCACUUCUAUGCACAUCGCCUAAAUAUUACCGGAGAGGAGCCGCGAAAGCGCUGUUGCUGCCCAUGCUAGCUAUCGCCGAUGCUCAUGGCCUCAAGUCCUAUCUGGAGGCUACGCCUAACGGCAAAGGAGUGUAUGAGAAAUUGGGCUUCCAGGAGGUGGACCGGUUGACUUUUGACCUCAAGGAGUUAACUGGAGAGGAGUAUGGCGAUCCAUACCAAAUUACCAUCAUGAUAUGGGAACCGAGAUCGACAUGAUAGUAUUAGGUAGGAAAGGGGUUACUUACUUACUCUCAGCCUAAGCUUUAAGUUCAGCCUCGUUUAUCUGUUUAUCUGGAUAGACAUUCGUAAAUAUUGAAAGCGACCAACCUAAACUAAAGGCACUGGGAAGUAAAUAUAGAACAGCUGCUUGCUAGAUCAGGGAUAUUGCGGGCGGUACUGCAAAAGCAGAAUGUUGAUCUACUAUCCGAAGACGAUGUGAUCAACAAAUAGGUCGGCAAUAUAGCCAUCUAUAUCAACCCGCUGACCUUCGCGAGUUAUAAGGAACCGAGCGUCUGGCGCAGCCAAUGCAAGCUAGGUGGAUGAUCGUCAUAUGUGCCUGUGCCGAGAAUAGCAUAUAUCGUAUCACGGAUUAAAUAGGAUUUACCUAGGUACCUAAGUU